CAGCGACGAGCUCCUCCGCCGACGUUGAUGAGGUCCGCGCACCGGAACCUACCACCGAGGCCGACGAGCUCCUCCUUUCUGUCGAACAGCUUCUCCUUCACCAAAUAAACUGUAACAAUAGCUCCUCCUUUACCCAGACACAACAGAUCAAUUUCUUUAGGAAUCUAUAAGUUUUCUCAUAUAGUUGUGGGUAUUAAAGAAAAAACUGGAGAGAUUUAGUGACAACAUGAAGUAUAUUUAGAUAGCUGAAGAGGAAGGUGCUGAGGCUAUCAGAAUCCUUCACCCAAAUCAAGGAUGUCAACUCUCAGCUUAUUGCUUCCACUUCGAAACAGCUCGUUGAGGACCCUUUGCAGUAUGUGGACCAGUCACAGAGGUGGAAGAUCAAGAGCACUUUUGGAGAUAUUGGCCUUACUUAUAGAGACGACGAGACCAUUGCUUAUGUUGCUUCCAGAAUGCCAGCUGUCUUCUCUGCUUGUCAUAGAGUACUCAAGGAGGUUCGUACAAUGCUGCCAGGUUUUUCUCCUGCUAAAGUGUUGGAUUUUGGUGCUGGCACGGGUUCGGCUUUCUGGGCACUACGAGAAGUUGGGCCGAAUUCCUUGGAGAAAGUUAACUUAGUAGAGCCAUCACAAUCAAUGCAGCGUGCAGGCCAGAGCCUUAUACAAGGUCAGAAGAACUUAACACUUAUUCACAGUUAUGCUACCCUCCAAUCAAUGACUAAAAGCAUCAACAAAUCAGAGAGACAACAUGACCUU